AUGGCGGAUCACAAGAAGGAGCUGGAAGAAAGACUUCGUGAAGUGUGCUGUAUUGGGGAUGAGAAAAACGUUCAGCUACUGGUAGAACGGGGUGUUAACAUAAAUGCACCGAACGCCGUUAAUGGCUGGACUCCUCUGCAUUGGGCAGCAAAAAGGGGACAUGCUAAUAUUGUGAAAUACCUAAUAAAAGAGGGAGUUGAUACAUCUGUGCUUACCAAGAAAGGAGAGACCGCCGCGCAAUUAGCCAGUGACGAGACUAUAAGAAAUAUGCUUGGAGCAGACCAGAACGUAGCUGUAAACUCAAGCAACGAAGCUUUACCUAUUGUCCCGAACUACCUUCGCAAUCCCGAUUUCUUUUACACACAGAAAACUUCAAAUAAUGAGCUGACCAUGGCCGAGAAACGGGAGCACACAGAGAAAGCUGAUUUACCUGUGGUAAAUCCAGAGGGUAGUAUUACCCGCAUGUAUGAAAGAUAUGGGACCAAAAAUCAUUCACAUGAUUCAACUACUUUAGCUACUCAAAAAGAUGAUGAAUUCGUAUUAAGACUGCGAAUUGCUGAUGCAGAGGAAACGGACUUCAUCGAGGUUGAUUUUGAUAGAAGUAACAUGACAUUUCAAAAUUUCCAGGCAGUGUGUUGUGCAGAGCUAGGUAUUGAGGCAAUUAACCAUGUUCAAAAGAUAAGAAAGUUGCCAAACACAAUUGUAAGAAAUGAUAAAGACGUGAAAAGAUUGCUUUCCUUCCAGGAAUUGGAAGUGGUAUUGAAAAAGGGUGAGACAAAAUAA